AAUGUAUGUAACAAGGCCGCUUUCUCUGUACAGAAACUCGCCGUCGGCGUUGUCUCUGCCGCCGCCGGAGGGUCCUAGUUCGGGGAUUUUGGUGAUCAAAGACGAAGCUGCAGAAUCCAAAUGGCUAUUCGGAAUGCUGAAGGAUGAAACGGUGAGCGUCCCUCCUUUCCCUCAGAACAAGAAGCUGUGGCUUUCAAAUACGAUGGUCGUGGCCACCAACACCUUCGUUGACUACAUAUACGCCCUGUUCAUUCCUGUUCUUGAUCAGCCCCUGUCUUCUAACCAAUACUAUAUCAUCAAAUCCCAAGGAAGUGAAAAAGGGCUAGCAUAUGUAAGUUCAAAGGAUGAAGGGCGGAGCCGAUUGCUCGGCGUUGCUGAUGCACCGCUACAAAAGUUCGACCCAACAAACGCAUACCAAAAAUUCGAAAUCAGUAACGACACGUUCUGUGGGAAACCCAAUGGUUUUGUGUUCAAAUCCGUGGCUUCAGACGGAAUUACUCCAUAUUCCAUGACACGCAAGGGCUGGAGAGCUUACACCAAAACUCUCGACACUUUCCAACCCACCGCCGAAGCGCUCGGCCUUGACGCCGCACUGCGUGCACGCCUCCCUCAGCUCACCUUCUCACUGCCCUGCAGAUCAUCCACCCCUGUUGUUGUAGGGAAGUGGUACUGCCCUUUCAUUUUCGUUCGAGAAUUGGGGGUUGAUUAUCAGAUCAACAACUCUCCCUAUUACGAAAUGACCCUCGAACAGAGCUGGGAGGAGAUUUUUUGGUGUGAGAAUUACAGGGAUGGAGGCAGAGGAGUGGACGUGGAUGUUUCUGUUAAGAAGGAAGUGGUGUCGGUUGAAGGGAAGGCGGUGGGUGAUGUGAGUGUCAGCGACGGCGUUGCGUGGUUGGUUCCGACGAGGGUGGGGCUGAGCUUGGCGGUUGUGGAGAGGAUGAAAUGGGAGGAGCAUAGAGGUGGGUUUGAAUGGGUUGGAGAAGGAGGGGAGAAGGAAGUGAAGAUGCAGAGAAGGGAGGAGUUUGAAGGAGUGGGAAUGUGGAAGAGAUUUGUAUGUUAUGUGUUGGUGGAGAGGUUUGUGCUUAAGAGAAGGGAUGGGAGUUUGGUUCUUACUUGGGAAUUUAGGCACACCCAUCAAAUUACAACCAAAUGGGAGUGAAAAAAAUACCACAUUUUUUCCCUUUAAAAUCAUUCCAACCCGAUUCGAUCCGACCGAACCUAUUUGAA